GUAUAAAGAUGAUGUUGACAGUCCUACUGAGGAGAAUGGGAAACAGAAAGUCCUAUACAGCCUGGAGUUCACAUUUGACGCCGAUGCCCGUGUUGCCAUCACAAUCUACUGCCAGGCUACGGAAGAGUUUGUUGGUGGCAUGGCAGUAUACAGCACAAAGAAUCCCUCUCUGCAGUCGGAGACGGUUCAUUACAAGAGAGGGGUAAGCCAGCAAUUCUCCCUGCCUUCCUUCAAGAUUGAUUUCUCAGACUGGAAGGAUGAUGAGCUGAACUUUGACUUGGAUCGUGGCGUAUUCCCUGUGGUCAUCCGAGCGGUGGUGGAUGAAGGGGAUGUGGUGGUUGAGGUGACAGGUCAUGCCCAUGUUCUUUUGGCUGCAUUUGAAAAGCACGUUGAUGGCAGUUUUUCCGUGAAGCCGUUGAAACAGAAGCAGAUCGUUGACCGGGUGAGCUAUCUGCUUCAGGAGAUCUAUGGCAUCGAGAACAAAAACAACCAAGAAACCAAGCCUUCAGAUGACGAGAACAGCGACAACAGCAACGAGUGUGUGGUUUGCCUGUCUGACCUCCGCGACACCCUCAUUCUGCCCUGCAGACACCUCUGUCUGUGCAAUUCCUGCGCUGACACCCUGCGCUACCAGGCCAACAACUGCCCCAUCUGCAGGCUGCCCUUCCGUGCCCUCCUGCAGAUCCGGGCUGUGAGGAAGAAGCCAGGGGCUCUGUCACCGGUGUCGUUCAGCCCAGUCUUGGCACAGAGCGUUGACCAUGACGAGCACUCUUGUCCCUUUAAACCCUUUAAAGUGAGCACUGUCUCCCUGCCCAGCAGGAAACCUAGAAGGGAAACAAGCUCUGACAACAUCCCUCCGGGCUACGAGCCCAUUUCCUUGCUGGAAGCGCUGAAUGGCCUUCGCUCUGUUUCCCCCUCCAUCCCGUCAGCUCCUCUGUAUGACGAAAUCAACUACUCUGGUGUGGUGGAUGGGAUGCCGCCUGCGAGCCGACCGCUUGUUGGGAUGGACAGAGCUGUGGAGAGCAGCCACCAGAAGGGCAAGCGGAGCAAGUCUCCAGAUAGCACACUACGGUCUCCCUCGUCGCCGAUCCAUGAGGAGGAUGAAGAGAAGCUCUCCGAGGACUCUGACUCGCAGCCAGCACUGAGUGGGGGUGAGCUGGUCCUGAGAGAGACCAGCUCUCCAGAAAGCGUGGCAGGGGAGGAGAUCGAGGAAGCCUCGUCCCUGCAGCAGGGUAGCCGCCCGCCCUCCGUCGAAGACGUCCUGCAGGACAGCAGCUGCGGCGAGCACAGGAGCCUGCCGCAGUCGGACAGUGACCCUCCGGUAGACGUCUACCUGCCAGCACUGGGUCCCGAUUCCUGCUCUAUUGGUAUAGAGGAGUAA